UUGUUCCGGAACAGCGAGCAUGCACAAUACGGGCCUAGGGUAGCACUGUGGCUUUUGAUGGUGCGGCCCAUCGUCUGACCAUGGUCUGACCCGCAACCUAAAAGGUUCAACCGGGCUGGACGCGUGCAGGGAAGUGCAUUGUGCGUGUGAGUUCUCGACACUUAGUUGCAUUUUACUGUUCUCGCAUUCGAUUUAAAGCUGUCAAUAAUGAACUCAAAUUCAAAGUACGCGGAAAUUUCCCAACAACCUGAUGGCGAGACAGGUGAUGGUGCCAACGGGAUGAGUGCGGCAGUCUCUCAAGCUUCUUCCUCGGCCGCCGGCUCACUGAUUCUCACGGCUGAACAGAAGGAGGAACUCGGAGGAUAUGACUUCCCCUAUGAUGGUAUCGUGUUGGAGGGCGGAGGGAACAAGGGCCUAUCAGCAACGGGGGCGAUUCGGGUCCUUGAGGAGCUUGGCUACUGGGGAAACAUCAAACGUUUUGCUGGGGCCAGUGCCGGUUCAAUGGUUGCUGCUCUUGCGUCUGUUGGAUAUAACUCGUAUGAUAUCGAGACAUUCCUGAGAGGUGAUAUCACCAAAGUCUUCCUUGAUGCCAGAUUUGGCACACUCAGCUUUCUUCCUAACAUGCUGAUGAGCUACGGUUUGCAUCCCGGCAAGAAGAUCUCUGAUUGGUUCGGUGAGCAACUCAAAGCUAAGACGGGCAAACCAGACCUGACAUUUAAAGAGUUGUAUCAGCUAAAUAAAACGGAGCUUUGUAUUACCGUGACCAACAUGAACACCAUGGACUGCACGUAUUGCCAUGUCAAAACCACUCCCGAUAUGCCUAUCAGAGAAGCAGUUCGGAUGUCCGGCUGUAUUCCAGGCUUUUUUUGCCCUGUGGAAGUAAAGAGCGGGAACACAACGGACUACUACGUAGAUGGAGGACUACUCUGCAACUAUCCAAUACAUUGCUACGACGGCUGGUAUUUGUCCAUGAAACCCGAUGAUUCCUUUCUCAAACGUCUUCAGCCAUUUGAGCAACUUCCAAAACUCUGGGACCCCAACAAACGCUUCUCUCCUAAGGACGAGAACACAUUGGGGAUCCUACUUUAUGCCAACGAUGAGAGGGAGAUUAUGAAGGACGACCUGAUGAAACGUUUUGAGAAGCAUAUCACAUCAUCUGAAAAGCCGGUUGUCCCUAACACCCCUCUGGCCAUAGCCCGAGAAGAGGCAAUGAAAGAAAUAGAGAAGAAGAGGACCGAGCAUCAAACACUUAUGUCAUCGUUUUCUAAGUUUCUCAAGGUACUUCGGGACAGCGACAUCGACCACAGCGGGACUAUUAGUGAGCAGGAAUUCGAGAUGGCCAUGAACAAGCCAAACUCGGAGUUUACAACCGAAGACAAGAAGCAGCUAUUUGGGCAAGACUUCAUUGACGCAAAGGCAUUUUUCAAACAACUGGACACGUCAAAAGAUGGCAAAUUAACUAUACACGAACUGAUGGCGUUUGGGGAGAGCAAAGGCUUGGAGAUUAUGGACCAUUUCCGUGGCUACAGCCGCAAGGAAAUCGCUGGUCUUGGGAGCUACUUCAGCAGUAUUCUGGACACCUUGCUCCUCAAUAUGAAGAGAGUCUUCGUUCAGGGCUCUGAUGUGCAUCGUACGAUCGGCAUUAACACCGGUUACCUGGAUACUCUGGACUUCAACAUGGAGGAAGAAGACCAAAGUUACAUGGUUCAGCAAGGCAAGGUUGGCUGCAUAGCUUUUCUCCGUGAACGCAUUGCUGAGAACAAGUUGGUGCGCAAGACAUGAACUGCACGGUGGUAGAUCAUGGUCAAUCAUCCAUGUUACAACUGAUAAUGUAGUAACUAUAACUGAUAACGUAUCACUUACCGAUAAUGUCACACAAAUUGACCGAUAUUGUAUCACUAACCGAUAAUGUAACAAAAAUGACGGAUACUGUAGUAAAUGUUGCUACACUAUCAGUCAAUUCUUGUUACGCUAUCGGUUAUGACUGAUAAUGUAACAACA